AUGCGAGGUGAAAAGAAGAGAUUCAAUUGGUUUGUAGCUAUUACAGCAGUGGUUAUAAUUGUUCUACUUCUGCUCAUUAUAGCAUUCCUUGGUGUCAUUUAUACUAGACUUCCAAAUGGAAAUACACCAGUGAAGAAUGAUUCAGGUAAGACAUAAAACCACUGACACACAAAAGAAAAAACACGUUUGAAAUGCAUAAGAAAACAAAGACAAGGCUUCGGUGGCGCCGUCUUCAAAGCAAAGUCGUGUCUGGGUACUCCAGUCCCACCCACCCCCCACAAACACACACGCAGGGAACGUGGGUAGGGUGGGUUGGGAUCAACCCCGAACUAAACUUUUUAAGAUCGAAAUCUGUCAAGAAAUUAUCACUUACAACAUUAUAUUCGCGUAAACAAAACAUUAAAUUCGGCCCAGGAAGCCGAGCCAGCCUUGAUCAUCGCGUUCAUAUCAUGAAAAAUACCUAUAUCCUAAGAGCGCUAUGUAGGAGUAACGGCUCUUCGUCGACCCUUGAUUUAAUAAUAAUGUCUCGGUAAUUUAGCUGUGUCACUUAUCUUGCCCAAUAACCCAAUACCUUGUUUAUUCCGAAUAUAACAAACACCUUCGUCGACCCUUGAUUUAAUAUUAAUGUCUCGGUAAUUUAGCUGUAUCACUUAUCAUGCCCAACAACCCAAUACCUUGUUUAUUCCGAAUAUAACAAAAACUUGUUGCCAUCGCAAGAAUAUCAGGGCUUCCAGGGAGAACAGCAUUAUGCUGACGGAGUUACCCUGAAUAAAUAAAGCUUCGUCAUUAUCAUCAUCAUCGAUCAAUAUCUCGUUUGUUGAAAUAUGGAUUUAACUUGUGCUCUUCCCAUGCAGUUGACUCGAUAGGUCAAUAAUAUAAACCUUUCCGGGAAGUACGUCACUUUGGCUAUUGAGUCUCGUUUGGCCUACUUAUUUAUUUAAUUAUUUAAGAAUUUUUACAGAGGAUAGACAUUUCAGAAAAAUCUACUGUUAUCAAUAUGUGUCCUCUUUAUACUAACUAUCUAAAAAUCAUUAAACUCAUGCAAAUAUCUACAUUAGAUCUCUAUAUUAAAAACUACUACAAAGGUCAAAGCUGUACUACACUAGUCUCUAAGAACUAACUAAAAAUGUUUGUCCAAUUCAUUAGGCUAAAAGUUUUAAAAUCCUUCUCGCCCCUUAUUUCAAGUAUAGGAGCUCAUUAUAAAUCUUGGCACGCCGCAAAUCGAAAAGCUUGCCCGUUUAAGCUCAAGUUUUACUUGUGGCAGCUUUACUAAGAUAGCCGUAUUUCUUGUAUCUUUAUAAUGAUUAUUAACUUGAAAAUAGCCAGAAAAGUUACAACAUAUCUCAUUCACUAAGCAUUUUCUCACAAUCACGCAUGGCUUUCCUUUUCAUCAGCUUAUCCAGAGGCGGAAUAUAGGCUAAUUAAAUUUCAGAUCCAAUUAUUUCUUUCGCACGCCUUUCAAUGCAACCCAAUUUCUUCAGCUGCGUUCUUGUGAACAAAAGCUUUAUUAUUCCACUGUACGUUAAAAUUGGGACAAUCAUCAUUUAUUCAUUUGAUAUAUCUUGUACGCAACAUCAGUAGUUACAUGAUCACGCAGUUUUGAUAACAAUCGUAAGCGAUUACUUGCUUUCUUAUAAGCAUCAUCAGAAUUUUUGCAAAGUGUCAAACAUGGGUCAGAUGUUUGUAGGACGCUGUUGUUUUUAAUGAUCCACCUUUAUAUACUUCAAAUCAAUAUCCUGAGAUUGCAAAGAUAAUGUCUCAAUCACGAAUGACACGUAAACGAGGCUCUAUAGCCAAGAUGACGUACUUUCCAGAAUCAGCCUGGUAGAGUGUCAGCCAGCUGGUUCGCUGAAUCUGAUGCGAUUUCCGAUUUCGCUUCAGUCAACUUUUAUAUGUUGACAAGUUGCAGUGUUGGGUUUUUUCUCAUGAAUAUUAGAAUAUAUUACAAAAAAUUCAACCAUAAAUUACUAAAUUUAUUUUCGGCAUUUUAGCCCUGUUUUUCGUGACCACUUUCUGCACCAACGAAGUUCUCAAUGCGUUCAAGGAAUACAGCACACUCGACAACACUCUUUCUCCGCAAAAGUCGAAAAUCAUGGAAAAGUCUAACAAAAACUACGGCGGAGGAGAGAGCCAUGUAUGGUCGGUAUUCAUAUAUUGUGUUACUUAUUUUUUGUAGUAACAACAUGGAAGAACACUUCAAAUCCUGUAUUUGUUGGUCGACAUUGGUUAUUCAGACAACUGGAAUAUCUCUUCCAAAAGAACGACAAUAUUAACGGGGUUCUCCUUGUCGGUGAUCCAGGAAGUGGUAAAACAACUAUAAUGAAACAGCUGCUAAAUUCGCGAAAUAACUCCAGCAGUUUCAUUCAUGAAAAUAUCAUUGCUUUUUAUUCCUGCGAACAUGAUAGAAAAUGGAGAAACGUUCGUAAAAAGUUUAGUGGAGCAACUGUCCCAAAACGUUUCAGGAUAUAAAAAGUUAAUCCAAAACAAAGAUAUUCAAAAUAUACUAGACAAAUGCAUGAAUGAUCCUAUUGAAUGUGCCAAAGUGACAGUAUUUGAACCGCUGCUCGCACUAAACAUACCAUCGGAAACCAAGAAAUUUAUUCUUAUUGAUGCGUUAGACGAAUGCCGUGAAAAGAAAGGAAGUUCCAAUGUGAUCACUGACAUUUUACACAGUCUAAAGCCUUGCCUGUCAAGCUGGGUCAAGCUCCUUCUGACUUCUAGAAACGAAACAACCAUCACUGGUAAGAUUUCAGAAAUUGGAGUUAAAACCGUAGCCAUUAAUGCAACAAGUAAAGAAAACUUAGACGAUAUUCGUUCUUUCGCACAAGAAAUUAUUUCUCGAUAUGGGGAGUCAUUGAAGGAAAAGCUCAAUGAAUCUAUCGAAACUAUAUUAAACAGAACCGACGGAAAUUUUCUUUUCAUCAAAAUGCUUUUGGAGGACUUUUUGAAAGAUUCUGACAAAGUAGACUUGACAUCUUCUUUCCCUUCAAACAUGUCAUACGUGUACGCGCGAUCCUUUAGAGUACGGUUUGGAAAAAACGAAUUGAAACGUUUCGCAAAAUUUUUCGAAGUUCUUCUCGCUUCAAAUUUGCCUCCAACAAUUCAACUUCUGAGAGGAAUUUUAACCUUAAACGCCCAAAUAGACGACCACGAGUUGGAUGACGUGUCUGACAAACUUUAUAUGUACCUACGUUUGGACAACGGCACUGUUCGCAUUUUUCAUCAGUCUUUCGCCGAAUGGUUGACGGAUCAUGAUACACCUAUCGAUGGGUUCUCUAUUAAAAAGUCAAGGGGUCAUCAAUACAUAGCUAACUAUUUCUUUGACCAUUACAACGAAGAGGGAAAUGAUCUGACUGUAGAAGGAUUAUAUGAGUUGUCUAUGCAUGUACUAAAUGGAGAAAUGUUAAACAAACAUAAGUAUGUCAGCAAACUUAAAGGUUUAAACAGCAAUGUAACUGAUCGACACGGUAAAUGUAUUUUACAUUACCUCGCACGAAACAGGGAAAGUACUAAAGUUCUUGAAGUUUUCAUUCAACAGUUUAAAUCAGUUGACAUUUUAGAUCUAUAUUAUACCCCCGCGUACUAUGCAACAAUAGCAGGGAACUUUGAUAAUUUAAAAUUGUUCAUAAAAAAUGGUGCUGAUGUGAAUUACGUCACAACAUUAGAUGAUGGCUGUUCAGUAUUUUCGCUCGUCAUCGAUCACAGUUAUCAUGACCGCCACUCAUUGACUUUCAUCGCAGCCUACAAAGGCUAUCGAAAAAUCGUCGAACUCUUAAUGAAUAAUGGUGCUCAUAUUGACAAAGAAGAUAACUGCGGCUGGAAACCACUUUAUGCGGCGGUUAAAGCAGGUCGUCUGAAGAUUGCUGAACUUUUAAUAAACAAGACCGAUAGAACCUCUAGUGAUUUGUUUGCUCUUCAUCUAGCGGCUCUUUUUGACCACUCUGACGUUCUAAAAUUCCUUCUCAAAAAUGGAGUAAGAGACAAGUGUAUACCUUGCAAGGGAUUCAAGCCAGACUUUAGAGAUGGUUCACUGGAAUCAUGGAGUUUAACUACACACCAAUACUUUGAAACAAUUUGUGGAAGCGUACUAAAUAUAGCAGUGUCCAGACGUAACCUAAAAAUUGUAGAAAUAUUGCUUUCACAUGGUAAAGAGACACUUGAAUGCAAAUCUUUGGCAGGGCUAACCCCUUUAAUGCGUGCGGUUGAAAAGAAUGACACCAAAAUGGUGACACUGCUUUUAGACGAAGGCGCCGAUGUCGAGGCACAAUGUGAAAUUAGCAGAUGGAAUCAAUACUUAAUUAUCUUUGGUUCGCAUUAUUAUUGUUCUUAUACCAGCAAAGCUAUCCAUAUUUCGGUAAAACAAGGUACAUCAAAAAUAACGGCAGAAUUAAUCAAGCGGAAUGCCAAUCGAUUUUCACUAAGCGAUUGUAUUGGGUUAUCAUCAGAUGAUUUAACAGCAAUACUCAAUCAAGAGGUAAACACAAGUCCACUAAGUAAAACAGUGAUGCGCUAUUCAGCAGUUUGUGGUUCUGUAAAAACGUUCAAACUACUUUCAAGAAAUAAAAGUGUGGUUGUUACCACAAUUUACGAAGAUGGGAUGAUGACAUUGCUUCAUUUGGCCACGUUAGGUUUAACUAACGUGUUUCCUUCAGUAUGUUCCAUGAUCAACUGCCAUGCACCGCAUUUAAAUGUUCAAAUAAGUUAUCACGCCAUAACUAUGUCGACGAGAAAAAAUAUUUAAAGACGAUAAAGUUAUUAACUAAGGUAGCACCUCAAAAUAUAAAUAAAAAAGAUAAACAUGGAAGAACAGCACUUCACUAUGCUGCUUUAGUAAGGUCACCAGAUGUAGUUAAGCAUUUAAUCCGAAAGGGAAGCGACUGGAAGAUAAAGGACGAAAACGGAAACACUGCAUUGAAAUUUGUGCAAAAACGACCAAUAGACUAUAUAAAUCUUGGUCCAUGCUCAACGGUAAUUUAUUCGUUACUUAACUCCAGCGAAAUGGCAAUAUCUAAUGAAAUGCAUGUAAAUUGUCUGAGAAAGUUACGGGUUAGGACUUUGAACAUCGACUGCGAAUUAGAGUCAACAAUCGUUAGAAUUGUUGAACUUAUGGCCUAUCACAAUCUAUCAUUAAGCUGGUAUACUUUAUUUAAAAUUGAUGCUGACCUAUACUGCCUUUCCCACGAAAAUUCCGAUGAGUCUCAAUAUAGGGCCAUGAACACAAUUUCUGAGUUACUUAAGGUUAUUGAACUUGAUGUCAAACUAAAUUGUGAGUUCCCUUUUGAAUAUUCAAUUUUGCACGUCAUGGCAGUUCUGUUAGAUCCCAUUCGUGUUGGAAACAAUUAUUUUUCCGCACUAGCCGAAAGAUACGUUAACACUUAUUCGAUGGAAUCCCCCUUUAUUGACGAAUGUUAUGACGCAGAAGGUCUCUUACCAAUCCACUAUGCAGCGUCUGGGAACAACAUUGACAUGAUUGAUUUGUUUAUGAAUCAUGGUGUUGAUAUUUGGAAGAAGACGAGAUCUGGUUGGACCGCGUUUGACCUGUCAAUAAUUAAUGGACAAUGUUCACCUCGUAUAUUAGAUAAAUUAUUAAACCACAUUACAAGCAAUAAAGAAUACAAAGUCCCCUCCGGCUCCGACUUUUGGUGCAAUACUACAAACGCACCUUUCUCGCUACUUCAUAUUGCCGCAAUAAAUGGUUUAGAGUGUUUACGUUAUAUCCACGAAAAUACGUUUAUCCCAAUAUCUCGUUUACCCUUCAACUCAUGCACUAACAGACACGGAAUUAACUUAUUAUACUUGUUAAAAUUAUACCAUGAUGUUGAGUGGACGACGGAGUGGAAUGAUUUAGGACUUCCAACUCACACAACACUUUCAAAAUAUCCUGAACGCGACGCCAAAUAUCAUCUAGUUUACAAUUAUUUUUUCUUGACGCCAUUUUUACAACUUGACAAGUCCAAAGUCAAUGUUUUAGAUUUAUUUCGAUGUCCAGGGAUUAACGACUUCCUACCUCAUGGACACGUGAUCGAGAAACAGAUAAAACGUUGUCAUAAUCGCUGCUGGCAUUCUGCGUCACAUGCUAGCUGUGACUUCUCAUGCACGUUUCGUACUGUUAUGUUUGAUCCUCGACAUUCUGAUGGAUUCAUUGGCAUUGUUCCACAGAUGGCCAAGUUGCGAUACCAUUGCGUAAAAAUGUUUUACAACGUUUCGACAACACUUUGGAGACAAGUGUCAAAGGCGUAUACUUGCUCUCACAAAUGUCGCUGCUUAGAAAUUAUGCGAUUGCUACAAAAAGAGUUCACAAGUAAACCACGCCGGUUCAGAGUAGGGAGGAGAUUUCUCGCAGAAAGAAUGGGUUGGAAUAAUACCUCCUUUUAUGACAACAUAGAGUACCACUGGCCAUUUGGCUUUCUGCUCAAGAAGGCCUUGAAAAUGGACGAAGAGUAUGAAUAUCUGAAGAUACUCACCCAUAGGGAGACGUAGAGAGACGUAGGCGUAGUCAUCUUCGAUUUCGUUGGUAGCAAUCUACUUUAAUUUGCGAUGGUACGUUUAUAAUAGUACCGAAUAUCUCAUGCAGCUGACUGGUCGUUAUGAAAGACUUUAUUGCACCGCAACAUAUAGCUUUGACACAGAAAGCGGCAACAGUAAACAAUGCCCGACAAAGUACAGAAUAAUUAAUCAAAUUAUAUAAAACCAAAAAAUGUUGAGUUUCGGAUUUUAAAUAACAAGCUGAAAAAAUCCUGGGGCUGGUUGUUCAAAAGUCGGUUAGUUUAAUCCUAGGUUAGUGAAAAUUUCAAAGCAAUCUUUCCAACAGGCGAUAUGAAGAUAGAUCCCUUGAUGGUGUUUUAAACUGUUGUUAAUUAGUUGUCAGUUUAGCCGUUUUGUAAUUGUGUUGUUCUACUUAGACUGUUUCGUUAAUCUAUUAUUUGAACGUAAUUUUUAUGUAAAUUUUAAUGGAUCGCCGUAAUUGGGGGAACUGUGGCGAACUCCCUGGCACUAUAUUGUUGUAUUUUUAGGUAGUUGCCGAAUCUUAUUAAAUCAUUAAAUCAGUUUUCCACAAUUCAAGUCUGAAUCAAUAGAAGUUUUAUUUUCCAA